ACCAUCCUACUCACCACCGCACCGGCACCACAGACCGCACCGGCACCGCUCAGCUCCAUCGCGCCUCCAGCUUCAGCUGAGCUCCAACUCAACUCAAAUUAAUCGCAGAUGGUUUCUUGUGCGCCAGUAGUGGCUUAGCGCAUUAGCGGCGGAGGUUGGUACGAUCAGGUAGGCCGGAGGUGAGGUGCCACAUGUUGAGUGGACAAACGGCGGUUAGUGGCAGCAGCAGCAGCAGCAUCAUCCGCGGCGUCGAGCAGCAGCACCAGCGUCGGCCGAUCGAGGAGGGAGAGGAGGAGGAGCCAGAGUUCAGGGACAUCCACGCGCUGAGCCCGCCGCGCGCGCUGAGCCUGUACCGCCGGAGCCGGCCGGGCAGCAGGGACUCGUGGGGGUCAGCGGCGGGAGCAGGGGGGAGCAGACACACGUCGAUCCGCUCCGUCGGGAGCGACACCGCCCCCAGCGAGCUCUUCCCUACUAUGAGCAGGGAGUUCUCGGCCAUGGUCGCCGCAGCAGCCAGCGCUAACGCCUCGUCCUCCGCGGCAGCAGGCCACGGGGAGAGCGUGGCGAACGAGGACGCACUGGGGAGGAUCGGCGAGGAGGAGCUGGAGGAGACGAACCCGCUCGCCAUCGUGCCGGACAGCAACCCCAUCCCGUCGCCGCGCCGGGGGAUGACGCCGCGCCCGGUGACCGGCGGCGAGGUGGUGGUGCCGAGUGCCGGCCAGGGACAGGGCGACGAGGUGUCAGUGGGGCAGGUGAAGAAGGACGAGGUGGAGACCAAGAUCGCCGCGUGGCAGAUCGCCGAGGUCGCCAAGGUCAACAACCGCUUCAAGCGCGAGGAGGUGGUCAUCAACGGGUGGGAGGGCGACCAGGUGGAGAAGGCCAGCGCAUGGCUCAACAAGUACGAGAGGAAGCUGGAGGAGAAGCGGGCCAAGGCGAUGGAGAAGGCGCAGAACGAGGUGGCCAGGGCCCGGCGGAAGGCGGAGGACAAGCGCGCGUCGGCGGAGGCCAAGAGGGGCACCAAGGUGGCGCGCGUGCUGGAGCUCGCCAACUUCAUGAGGGCCGUCGGGAGGGCGCCCACCAAGCGCUCCUUCUUCUGAGCUGCCAUGCCCUGCCGCCAUUAUUUCGCCUCUUACUCGCCGUCGCCGGAUCCUUCACCGCUUCGCUCCGCAGGACUCCUCCUGUGCUCGCUGCUCUGCUGUGUGGAACUCUCGUUUUAGUGUUGUAUCCACAUGUAUGGUGUGUCAUCGUUCCCUUCCCUCUUUCUUUCUUCUUCAUUUCUCGUGUUUGACAUGGAGUACAUAGCAUAAGAAUGCAAGGGUGUGCUCUGCCUGCCGAGUCCAAGUGCGAGAGCUGCCUGUAUUUUGUUUCUGUUUCUCCUUCCAAUCGACGGUAUUGUGUGUGUGUGUGUGUGUGUGUCAAUAUGAACAAGAUAUGCAGUAAAUUACUGUUUCUGUGCA